CCGCUAUGAAUGAAAAAUUGUUUAGUCAGUAAUUAUGUCAGCUGUUCAUGCUUGUUGACAAUGGGCAAUUCUUCUUGUUUACUUUGAUAAUCUUUAAUAGACGUCAGAUAGUUGUAGUAUUCUAGUAUUCAAUAUUUCUAAUGGACAAAAGAAAAUUUAUUUUACCUAGAAAUGGUCUGAAGAUAUAUUGGUCGUCAACAAGCAUUCAAAGUUGAAAUGGCAGGAAAGAACUUUCAUUCCACAUCUAAACUGACAGAAUUUGCACCAUUGAGCCCCGAGGACAAGCAAUCCGGUGUUAGCAAUUUUAUUUCAAAGUUUUUCAAAACUAACAAAAAUGAAACAAAAGAAAGAAGUGCAUCUUUAUCCUCUGCAAGUGAGAGCAAAAUAUCCUCCAGCCAGCCACAAGAACGAUUGGUUGAAUCCACAUCUUCUGGUGUGAGUCUAUCAGUUGAUGCUCAACCAUCCACUUUGUCAAAUCCUCACUUUGAUGUCAACGUUAGUGAAGGAAGGAGUCUGCCCAAUGUUCUGAAACGUCUUAGUAGUUUAGUUGCCUCAAAAAAUGUUAACCCACAGGGAUAUGGUGAAACAGACCUAAAGCAGUAUUGGAUGCCUGAUUCUGGUAGCCGUGAAUGCUAUGACUGUAGUGAGCGUUUCACUACCUUUCGACGGCGACAUCAUUGUCGAAUUUGUGGACAAAUAUUUUGUUUUCGCUGCUGUAGUCAAGAAGUUCCUGGCAAGAUUUUGGGAUGCACAGGGGACCUACGAGUUUGCACCUACUGCUGGAAAGUAGUGCACUCUUAUUUACAAUCUGGAGAUAUGAGACUGGAUUCCUCAUAUGAUCAUUUAUUAAAGAAUACAACCAUCGGGAGUAUUGAUAAGCAAGAAGAUGAUAGAUUAGGGACCAGUUGUCCCCCCUCCAACUCAUACAACUCCUCCUUACGAAGAAAAACUUCAGUUGGUUAUCAAGAAGAGCGUUUUGCAUUAGGGAGGGGUCAACCUUUAUCAAAAAUUUUUCCAGAGGAAAACCGCACUUGGAUUCUGUAUGCAUUAUGCCAACAGUUAGCCAUCCCUGGGAAAGGUUUGCCCAUGCAAACACGUCGAGCUCGAGUGCACCAAAAUGUAUUUUCAGGGAGUGAGUUGAUUGAUUGGCUGAUUGAGAAUGGCAAAGCAGCUGACCGGGCUGAGGCAUCAGUUAUUGGUGAAGCUCUAGUUGAAGGUAGAUUUCUGGAAUCAGUCACUGAUGAAGGCUUUACAGACAGCUGUGCUCUCUAUCGGAUACUCAGAGCUGAGGAAUCGUCUUUGAAUCAGAGUGGUAGUUAUGAUGCUACAGAGCACUCAUCUGUCGGCCAGGAGGGUCAGGAGCCCUCUUGGGUAAAAGAAAUACCUCAUCGGCCUUAUGAUUCAAAUACAACUACAGAUUCAGAGUCUGAAUCCUAUCUACCAGACAUUGAUAGCUAUAGUAGUGUGCGAUCAUCACCAUCAACAUACCAACUUGAUGUGGAUUUGAAAGGAAAAACUGUUCAUCUUCGUCCUUCACUUGUAUCAUCCCAGUCUCCAUCCUCCCCCACAGCUGUAGGAGAAUGGGUACAACAGUCGGUUGUAACUGCAUCGCCUUCAAGUGAACUUCUUAGUUAUGCCUUGUCACGUUCAUCCCAGAGAAAUCCAGAGAAAGAUCCUGUUCCCUGGCACCAAAUCUCACAGCUGCGUUCUGAUAAUGGAGAUCUUCAAGCCUACACAUCACUGGAUGCUAAGUAUGCUCAACAUGAACAGAUACUUUUGAAUCAGCUCCUGUGUGCAGAAGGACUUUCACAGACUUGGGCUGAAAUAGCAAUGCCACUGAUACAUCAAAUGUCAGCAGUUGUUCAUCCUGAUGCAACCAAUGAUUCUGAGGAAACUGAUAUCAGACAUUAUAUACAGUUCAAAAAAAUCACUGGUGGUACUCGGUCUGAAUGUCAAAUAGUUAAUGGAAUUGCAUUCACAAAAAAUGUGGCCCAUCGGUCAAUGGUCAUCCGUCUUGAAAACCCCAGGAUUCUCCUUUUAAACUGUGCUAUUGUUUAUCAGAGAGUAGAAGGCAGAUUUCUUUCUUUGGAACCAGUAAUGAUGCAGGAACAAAAUUAUUUAAGGAACAUUGUGGCUCGUAUCGAAGCACUCAAGCCGGAUUUAAUUUUGGUCUCUAGAAAUGUAUCUAGGAUAGCUCAGGAGUCCCUUCGGCUUCUUGGUAUAACACUGGCUUUAAAUGUUAAGUUAAGUGUGUUGGAACGAAUUUCAAGGUGUACACAAACUCAAAUAAUUAUGUCUGUUGAUGCUCUAAUCAGACGCCCUCAAUUAGGAAAAUGUAAAAAGUUUUAUCUGCGUACAUUUAACACAGAACAAGGCCUUAAAACUAUAAUGUUUCUUGAAGGAUGCCCAUUCCCACAGUUUGGGUGUUCUGUUCUCCUACGUGGGGGAAAUCAGUCUGAACUGUCUAGACUUAAAAGGGUAUUUCGCCAUAUGAUAUUUUGUCGCUAUCAUUGGCGUUUAGAGCAGUCCUAUCUCAUGGAUGAAUUUGCUCGACCCCCAUGUGCUACCUCUGAUAACUUUUUUGAAGAACCAAACUUUGGUCAUUCUGAACGUAGCUCCCCAAGCUAUUUACCAGAAUCAAGUGGUAUGGACAAUAAACAAAUAUCUGUUGAAAGAUUAGAAGAAUCAAAGGAGGAGAGUGAAAAUCAAGAAAGCCCAGCUGAUAAAAUUGGUACUAAAGGUGGAGGGGAUCAAAGCUCUGCAUCCAAAACCCGCAGAAAGAAUAGUGCAGAUCAACCAGAAGCUAUGAAAAGGGUCACUGCUGAAAGUGUAAGUGACUUCAGUGAUCCUCUUCAUCAGUAUUUAAAUUCAGGAGAGGAAGCACACCAUGUUCAAGUUAAUAACUCCCAAAUUUUGGCUGUUGCCAAAAUACCCUACUUAAACCAGUUCCGCAAAGCAUUGGAUGACACAAUUCUUUCAAUUUCACCAUAUUUGAAGUUCACUGUUCCAUUCCUUGAGACUGAUCAAGGACGAUCUUGCCGUUUGCGACAGUACUUUCCUCUGGAAAUUUACUGGUCCCGUCAAUUUCAUGAGAAUGAGAACUCGCGGAGUCGUGUUGGCACUGGCAUUGGCUCUGAGACCCUUUCAUUCCCUUGCGAUUCAUCUAGUGCUCUGAUGGCCGCCCCAAAGCAUCCUUUUAUGGAUAUGAAAAUAACACUUCCUGCUACAAGUUCUGAGAUACUUGAAGUUUUGGCUCAUUUUCGAGCCUGUGGAGGGCGGAUCUCAAUCGAUCAUUCCAUUCAGCCACAGCAGUACAGUCAUUCGGCGCCACCAUUGCCGGCAUCAACAUCUGAUGACAGCAAUACUGAUGUGCUUGACCCUGGAAAUCAUCUGCAUUUGUCUGUCCUAUUUUGUAGCUUUUCAACCUUUCCACAGAAUGCCCCUGCAUUUUGUGUUAAUCCUUGGGUUGUCAACAUGGACUUUUAUGGGCGCAAUGACAUUUCUCUGGGAAACUUUUUGGAACGCUAUUGCUUUCGAACAACAUUUGAAUGCCCUUCACAGUCUUGCUCAACAUCUAUGCUUCAACAUGUCCGACGCUUUGUACAUUACCCAGGUUGUGUUCAGGUGACACUGCAGCUUGUAGAAGGAGUUGGUUCUCUUCCUACUAACGACCAUAUUCUCAUGUGGAGUUGCUGCAGUUUGUGUAGUGUGGUUUCCCCUGUCACUCCCAUGUCUCCUGAUACAUGGGCUUUGUCAUUUGGUAAAUACCUGGAAUUGCGAUUUCAUGGAAACAUGUAUUACCUCCGUGAAGAGCACGUUGAUAAGGCAGACCAAGCUUCCCUACCGUGUUCUCAUUCUUUGCAUCAUGAUUUCUACCAGUACUUUGGUUAUCGUAAUAUUGUGGCAACUUUCAAGUAUUCGCCAAUAAUGGUUUGGGAAGUUUCAUUGCCACCAGAGACAGUAAAUCUGGAUUGGGAAACUGAGCAUUUGACCCAAGUGUCUGAUGAAAUAAAUGAAAUUGCUGUUGCUGGUCAAACAAUUUUCAGUCAGGUUUUGGAACGUAUCUUGAACACCGAUGACCCAGGACUAAGAUCGCAACUUCAGAAAGAUCAAGCUCAGUUUAAAGCUAAGGUUGAAGAUGCUUUGGUUCAAAAUACUCCUGUUGCUGAAUCUGGGCAUUGGAAAAUCCUGUGGCACUUAGAAGAUACAGUGGUGGACCUGCGUCGCUUGAUGAUUGAUGCAGUGGCCAAUUGGAACACACGUCUAAAGGCUGUUGAUGAUCGAUCAAGAGUCAUGAAAGGAUCAAUGAAUUUAAAUCAAGAAUGUGUUGAUGAGGCUCUCAGUCUAUCUCAAGAGGAGACAGCAAAAGGUGUUGCCAAUACCCAAAGCUUGAACCAAAAUGUGUCUCAGUUUAAUGAUAUAGGGGUUACAUGUGAAGCUCUUAAUAAUCCUACAAAUGCCAGUCAGCCAGAAAGAAAUCAAGUUCUUAUAUCUACCCAGAAAGAGACUCUUCCGCAAGAAAAUGCUAUACACUCUACACCAAGCAGACAAUCAUCUGUUGUUGAUUCGGAGGUGGAUGCUAGUUACGAGACAACUCAAUCAAUGCAAUCCAAAAGUGUCAAGACAAUUCUAUCACAGUUUUUACCUUCAGGCUCCAUACUUUCUCCGAUUCUGGUUCCACCUAAUUUGCAAGAGGUUCAUAUCAUGCCACGUUCAAGUGCUUCAAUACCGAUAGCUGUCCGAGAAAGUCAGCCGAGCACUAUCAUUGCCCAUGCCCUGGCAUCAAAUGAGUAUCAACGCUCUUUAGAAGAAAUUGUGAGGAAUCCACCCGCUGAAGUUAUUAGUACCACUGGAGCACCUAUUGCACCUAAGAAAAUUCAUGGACACGGCGUAAGUGAUCGAGAUCGGGAGCGAGAUAAAGAAAAAGAUCGAGAUAGUUUGAGUGGGGAGUUAUUGCUGUCAUCAGAGCAGCGGCGCGGGGGUGUUUUGUCUUUUUUGCGCGGAUCAGCCAAUGCGAUGGCAAAAGAAUCAGGAAAUAUUGAAGGUGUUGCCUACUCGACAAAUUUAAGUAAUACUACUGCCAAUGCCUUAUCUCCAGAAAACUUGUCUUCAACUGGAGCUUAUAAUCCAGUCUCUGCUCCAGCAAAUAAUCAGCAAAAUCAUACAUACAUUGAGGUGCAGUUCAGUGAUGCUUCUACAAAUUUUUUCUGUCGUAUUUACUAUGCUGAAGAGUUUUUAAAGCUACGGCAUCUUAUUUGGCCCCGAGGGGAAGAAGCAUUUAUUCGCUCCCUGUCUCACUGUGUUGAUUGGGCGGCCAGGGGAGGAAAGUCAGGGUCAACAUUCUGCAAAUCAAGAGAUGAUCGCCUUGUUUUAAAGGAGAUGUCAAGAACAGAGCUUAGUCAUUUUCUUGACAGAGCUCCUCAAUUCUUUUCAUAUAUGACAGAUAAUUUUAAAAGUAACAAACCUACCAUGAUGGCCAAAAUUUUGGGAGUCUACCGUAUUGUUUUCAAAAAUGAUCUGACUGGAACUGCCUCACGCUCCAACCUUUUGGUUAUGGAAAACUUAUUUUAUGGAAGAGAAGUCAGCCACAAAUUUGAUCUGAAGGGCUCAUUCCGAAAUAGAUUGGUAAAUCCUGGGUCCGAACCUAGGGGAGAGAUUGUACUCCUUGAUGAAAACCUUCUAAAAAUUACUCGAGAUAGUCCUCUAUAUGUGCUACCUCAUACUAAGUCUGUGUUAAUGCAGGCUCUUAAAAGGGAUACAGAAUUUCUAACUUCACAGUCAGUUAUGGACUACUCACUCUUGGUGGGGCUUGAUCAGUCUAGAAAGGAAUUAGUUGUAGGAAUUAUUGAUUACAUUCGCUCAUUUACAUGGGAUAAACGUCUGGAAAAUGUUUUUAAGAAGAUGGCCGGUCAGGGGAAAACACCAACAAUAGUUCACCCUGAAGAGUACCAGAACCGUUUUAUGGCUGCGAUGCAUAGCUAUUUUCUUACAGCUCCUGAUAGAUGGUAUGGAUUUGGAAAAGGAUUUGAUUGAAAGAGUUGAAAAGACAUCCUGACUCAACUCACCAAAUGUAAGAAGAGUUUUCUUCCUCACAGUUAUGUGGUUUUCUUUCUGUGAGAUUUGUUUGCCAAUUUUAGGGGGGGACAAUAUUGAUCAGUUAGGUUUGCAGCCUAACAAAAAAAGUUCUAAAUUUUAAACAAAUUCAACAUUGUCCUUCAAAAAUAAUCAUACUACAGUUCAGCAGUUGAAUAAAAGUAGAGUUUCUGUACCUGUGAUAUAGGUAAUAAAUUCUAUCUCUAGAUAGAUUAGGAUUAUAAAAGAGCACUGAAAUAUCAAAUUCACUUGUGUGAUAAUUAGCUCUAAUGGUGUCGUUAGUACUGCACCUUUAUAAAUGUUGCUUUACUGUACACUAUAUUUCAUACAUUUUUAUGUAAUGUGUCUUAUUUUGUCACAUUUCCUUUGUAGUAAUGCUUUCCCUGUGAUAUUACCAUGUGUAACUUUUAAAUGUGAUGUGUUGUCUCGACAUGUCUAUCGUUACCACUCGUUGUGCGCUUUAUAAAUAAAUAUGCUCCAUGUUUAUCAAUAAUUGAAAUUAA